UUUGGAACGCAUUUGAAACUAUACUUUACUCAUCCUGGGUUUCGAUUUGUGGUUUGCAAGGGUCGGAGAGUUGUGCAUUGUUAAUUGAAGUUACACUAACGUCUUCUCCCUUUAAGCUUCUUUCUAUCUCAGAUCUUUUGUGAAAAGAGAUCUUAACAAUUGUCAGUCGAGUGGACCACCGUUACCAAGGCUUACUCAUGUUUUCUUAUUUGCACGAUUACAACACAUUUAAGAGUUGUCAGCAAAUUAUUUGAUGACUGAGAGUUACAUGUUUUUAAAUUCAUAGCAAUCGGUUGACUUUUUAUCGAUUUACUUCUUAAUCGACAACUGGUCGAAUACAAUACAUGCUUGACGACUCAGUUGCCGACGUCACUCUUGCUGAUUUCCAGAUAUUAGAAUCACCCUGCGCCGAUGUUCCGUUUGACCGUGGCCCUCAGUUCCAUUUAAAUCUUCAGUGUCGUACAUGUGAAUCAUUUAAAGAAACGUUUGUCUGCUGUGAUUGUGUUAGGAAGGAUUCCAUAUUCUCGAAGAAAUCCGGAAAACUUAGCUUUCCUCAAAAUUCUGAUCGGAUUGUGACAGUCCGUAAAUCGGUUAAUGACUUAAAUAGAAAGAUUAAAGUAUACGAACCCAUACUGUUCAAAUCUGUAUUUCACACUUUUCAGGGUAAAGUUGAAGAGUUGAAUGCUCAGAUUUCUUCUUUGGAACAUACGAUCGAGUUUCUUACUAAAAUGAACGUAGAGAAACGCAAAAAGCUACAACGUGUUCGACAAGCUAUGACACGAUGCCAUACCGCGUCCCAGCAUCUUCUGAAACAGCAAGCUAAUUUGGUACGGCAUUUUAUCACAGUUGCACAGAGAAAAAAGUUAUUGGUAGCUGAUCUUGAUAUAGUAAACAGGCAGAUCAAGCACGUACAUGAUACUUAUUUUGAGGAGUUACUUGGAGUUUAUUUCGUGACCGACCUGUCGACUGAUGGUUUAUCUCCGGAUAGAUUUGUUUGUUCACCUCUACAUAUCGAUAAAGAGAACAUUUUUGCAGGUCCUGAACCCACCCCAUCCAGUCAUACGGCUUUAACAUAUUGCUCAGUAGCAAUAAGGGUUUCAACUAUCUUGUUAGAUGUUUGGUUGCCAGUCUCCAUUCGUCGGAAUUUGCAUUUGGUUGGUUCUUUUUUGUCUGCAUUACCUCAGAGGGAUGAUAUGGGUCGUGUGUAUUUCGCAGUCAUUCAUGCUGUUCACCUGUUAUGCCAAUGUCGAGGGAUUGAUAUAAAAAAUGGAUUAGAACAACUUGGGAUAAACGUAAUUCCUGGACGGCACACAUUUUACAAUCCAUUAUUUGGAUUAUAUUGCCUUGGACAUCUGGUCAGUCACAAUAAUAAGUCUACUAGGUACUUUGACGAAUGUUACAAUAUAAAACUAGAUGGGCUUUUUGGAAAGAUUCCAUCAUUAUCCUUAAUGAGUCAUCCUACAGUUUCAUUUAGUUCACCGUGUUUUGUAGAGAAAGGCGAAGAAGUGGAUGAGAUGUUUGGCUUAUCAAACGAUGAUAGUUUAACUUUAUGUGACAAACAAGUGAAUAGGUUUACUUUAUGUAGGGCAAGUAGUUCCGACUAUGUUCAGUCAUCCAAUAAACUCGAAGAACACGACUCGUCUGUUGGUUUAGAAUGUUGGGAACUAGUUUCUGUGACCUCACCAGGAGAACCAGAAUCAUGUGAAACUACAGUGACCAAUACGGGAUUUAUGGAUUCAACGCAAUAUCCUGGUCCACUUUCGAAAGUUUGGCGUCUAGCGAAAGGGAUUAUGGGAACUUCAGAACUUAGUGAUUGUGACGAAUAACGUGAAAAAACAGAUCGUGACCAAACUUUGUUCAUUGUUUUUCAAACCACAGUCUUUCAUGAAGCAAACUUGCAAAAUCUUUAGUCUUUCAACAUUUUAAUUUGUAAAAUAAAAUUUGAAAAAAACAACAAAUUAUUCCCCAUUAUUGUAUAUAUGUCAAAAAGUUUUAUUUUGAAUUCUGUUCCUCUUGAAUUAAUCAACUAAGGCGAAGUAUUAGGAAAAAU